CACCGCCACUCCCCAUCCAGGCCCUCACGGUAGCGCGCUGCGCGCUUCCGCGCCGACCCAGGGGCGAAAGCCGUAGCACUCGAUUCCGCAGGAAGCACCACGCCGGGCAGCCGAAAAAGCAAACUUUCUCGCCGACUAUGGAGCAGUGAUUUGCGGCGCUACCUAUGGAGGCGACUUGGUCUUCGCUGUUAUUUGGGGUCGUGCUCAUAUCAGCGACGAGCACAUCAGCCAGGGAAGUAUGUCUCGGCACUGAUAUGAAGCUGCAGCUACCGUCCAGCCUGGAAAACCACUACAAAACACUGGAGCUGCUCUACUCUGGUUGCCAGGUGGUGCAUGGGAACCUGGAGAUCACCCACCUGCACGGAAACCUGGACCUUAGCUUUCUACAGGGCAUCGUGGAGGUGCAGGGUUAUGUGCUGGUGGCCCACGUGUCGGUGAGUUCGGUGCCACUGAGCAGUCUGCGCAUCAUCCGCGGGAGCCAGCUCUACGAAUCGCGAUAUGCUCUGGCCGUACUGGACAACAGGGGCCCUGGGGAUUCUGGGCUGACAGAGCUGCUAAUGAGGAGUCUGACGGAGAUCCUUCUUGGUGGGGUGUACAUUUGGGGGAACCCUCACUUGUGCUUUCCCCAGCACAUCAAUUGGAAUGACACGCUAGAUGAACAGAACCCGCAGAGCCUCCAGCGAGUGGUGCAGCCAUCCAACUGUCUGAGCUGCUCUCCUGCGUGUGGGUUGCGGGGAUGCUGGGGCCGGACGGAGCAGGACUGUCAAACCUUGACCCGUCUGCCUUGCACCUCUGGCUGCCUGCGCUGUAAGGGUCCACGCCACAACGACUGCUGCCACAAGCAGUGUGCGGCGGGCUGCACUGGGCCCAAGGACACAGACUGCCUGGCUUGUCGACACUUUAAUGACAGUGGAUUGUGUAAAGAUAGCUGUCCACUGGCCAACAUCUAUGAGCCGUCGACCUUCCAGCUCAAGCCCAACAAGGACAAAAAGUUCAGCUUUGGUGCCGCCUGUGUGAAAGAGUGCCCUCGAAACUUCCUGGCCAUAGAGGUGGCCUGUACCAUGAUGUGCCCGAAAGCCAACCAGGAGGUCAUCACCAGCCUGCCUGAUGGCAGCGAGGUGCAGAAGUGUGAGAAGUGUGAUGACGACUGUCCCCAAGUGUGCUACGGCUUGGGGAUGGACAGCCUGCAGGGAGUCCUGGCCAUCAACUCAUCCAACAUUGGCCUCUUCGCUGGCUGCAAGAAAAUCUUUGGUAGUCUGGCCUUCCUGCCACAGACCUUCACUGGAGAUCCUAUGACCAACACCUCUGCCCUGGACCCCAAGCAGCUCAACGUGUUCAGAGGCCUGCAGGAAAUAACAGGAUACCUGUACAUUGAGGCCUGGCCCAAUGGCUGGGUGGAUCUCAGCAUCUUUGAGAAGCUGGAGGUGAUCAGAGGGAGAAUGCUGUACAGAGGCAUCUUCUCGCUGGGUGUGCAGUCCCUGCACAUCACGUCCCUUGGCCUGCGCUCUCUUCGCAGUGUCAGUGGGGGCCUCAUUCUAGUGCACAACAACAACCAGCUCUGCUAUACCUCAUCUGCACCAUGGGGGGCGCUGCUGCCGGCAGAGCAGCGGACACACCUCAUCAUCACCAAAAAUCGUAACCCAGAGGACUGCGCAGCCGAAGGGCACGUUUGCCACCCCCUCUGUGUGGACAGCAGCUGCUGGGGGCCUGGUGCUGGACAGUGUGUGUCCUGCCUGAAGUACCGGCGUGGCACAGAGUGUGUGAAGGAGUGUAACGUCCUGCAGGGGGUGGAACGCGAGUACAGCAACGGCUCCGUCUGUGUCCCCUGCCACUCUGAGUGCUUGCUGUUAAAUGGCACCGUCUCCUGUUACGGUCAGGGUGCGCACCAGUGCCUAGAGUGCCGUCACUUCCGGGAUGGGGAGGCGUGCGUGCGGAGCUGUCCCAGCGGAGCCAAGGAGGACCAACACACUGUGUGGAAAUACGCCAAUGCUACCAGGCACUGCCUGCCCUGCGGCACCAGCUGCUCCCCACCGUGCAGUGUGUUGGACGAGCGUGGCUGCCCCGUUACCCAGAAGGCAUGGCUGGUCACCUCUGUGGCAGCGGCUGUGGGUGGAGUCUUCCUCUUCCUCAUCCUUCUGGCAGUGCUGGUGUUCCUCCUACGCCGACAGAGACACCUGAGAAGGAAGAAGACACUGAGGAGGAUCCUGCAGGAGCACGAGCUGGUGGAGCCGCUGACCCCCAGUGGCGCUGUUCCCAACCAGGCCCAGAUACGCAUCUUGAAAGAGACUGAGCUGAAGAAGGUCCGGGUGCUGGGGUCUGGGGCUUUCGGCACGGUCUAUAAGGGGGUGUGGGCCCCUGAUGGGGAGACUGUGAAAAUCCCAGUAGCUAUAAAGGUGUUGCUGGAGAACACCUCGCCAAAGGCCAACAAGGACAUCCUGGAUGAGGCCUACGUGAUGGCGGGCGUGGCCAGUCCCUACGUGUGCCGCUUGCUGGGCAUCUGUCUGACAUCCACUGUGCAGCUGGUCACCCAGCUCAUGCCAUAUGGCUGCCUGCUGGACUAUGUGCGCGAGAAUAAAGAGCGUGUCAGCUCCCAGUACCUGCUCAACUGGUGCGUGCAGAUCGCCAAGGGAAUGAGCUACCUGGAGGAGGUGCGGCUCGUCCACAGAGACCUGGCUGCCCGCAAUGUGCUGGUGAAGGAUCCCAACCAUGUCAAGAUCACAGACUUCGGACUGGCUCGCCUGCUCGACAUUGAUGAGACCGAGUACCACGCGGAAGGCGGCAAAGUGCCCAUUAAGUGGAUGGCGCUGGAGUCCAUCUUACACAGGAAGUUCACGCACCAGAGCGACGUGUGGAGCUACGGGGUGACGAUCUGGGAACUGAUGACGUUCGGAGCCAAACCCUAUGACCUGAUUCCAGCCAGGCAGAUCCCAGAGCUGCUCGAGGGUGGGGAGCGGCUUCCGCAGCCCCUCAUCUGCACCAUCGAUGUGUACAUGAUCAUGGUCAAGUGCUGGAUGAUUGAUCCGGAAAGUCGACCCAAGUUUCGUGAGCUGGUCACAGACUUCAGCACGAUGGCCCGGGACCCUCCCCGAUACGUGGUCAUACAGAAUGAUGGGAACAUGAGCCAGUCUAGCCCAGUGGACAGCCAGUUCUUCCGCAUGCUGCUGGAGGAGGAGGGGGGGGACAUGCGAGAGCUCCUGGAAGCAGAGGAGUACCUGGUGCCCCAGCCGGCCUCUGCAGCCAGGAACGGGCCCUUCAGACACCCAUCACACAUGAGCGCCAGGCAGUGUGUGGAAGAUGGGGUCUCGGCAGGGGGGCCGUACCUGUACUCGUCUGUCAGCACCCUCGGGCAGGAUAAGUGCCCCGCUCUGGCCAUUCAGUCCCCCACAGGCAGCCCUUGGGUACCCCGGUACCCCUUGCUGGCACGUAGCGUGUCCCAUCAUUCUGCAGGGGGCCAUUCUGACUCUGUGUUCCUGGAUGCGGGGGCGGAAGACUGCAGCAGUCAGGGGCGCUACUGCGAUGACCCCUCACAGGCCACGGUUGCCAAUGGCGACCAGGGGGCCAUGAGUGCGAGGCUGCCUGGCCUCCCACAUACCCUCCCCCGUGGAGCUCGCCGGCAACCAGAAUACGUGAACCAGACUGCUGCAGACGGCACCGCAGGUACCCCCGUCCGCUACAGCACCCUGCCCCGCAAGACAUCUGCCGGAGUGCGGCACCCCCUCAAUGGCCUGCGCUCCGGGAACAGCGUGGAGAACCCGGAGUACAUCAUCCCCCUGGGCAGCACCUCACCUGCGUUUGUCUGUCCUUACUACCUAGGCCUGCACACUCAGGCUGGGGGUGAGAAGGCCACAGCACCCACAGCCUUGCACCUCACCAAUGGCAGCCUCACGAAUGGCUUUGUCAUGCCUGCAGUAGAGAACCCCGAGUACCUUGGACUGGAAAAAGAGCACACCUGAACGCAUCUGGGGGGGCAGAGGUGGGAGGCUCAGGGAGGAAUGUGCCCUAGAGGAGAGCUUCAGAAAAGGAGGAGUGCUUACACUGAGCCCACUUAUAUACUCACAUGUGAUCUGCGAGCAAAUUCUGAUUGGUCAUUUGUUCACACUUCUGUUUGACACCACAUCGUCCCAUCAGCGUGUCAACAAGAAAAGGUCAUCCUGUUUCUUUGUGGCAGAAUCACAAGUUAGCCAACACUGGAUGCCUGGUUGCACUUAUAAAAAUUGCAUCACUCUUGCCUGGUGUCUUUUUACUCUCCCAUUUUUGAUUGGGGGAGAUCAUUUAAAAAGUGCUUGAACACACUUGAGCUCUGCUCACGCCCUUAUCUUUAUUUACCCCAUUAUAUGCACCCCACCCGCUCAAUUCUUCCUCCACACAGAGUGCUAAUAAUUUUAGAAUUGUCCUCCCAGACCAGAGACUAUACUGGUGUUUAGCAUGCAGACCAUGGUGUCUUGGACCUAAUAGAGAAGAAUCAAAGUCUGUUUUGCUCAUGAGAAAACGCUUUUCAGAACUGUCUGGCACUUGUUGUUGAUCCAUGAAAGGCUGACAUUAUGCAUCAGCGGACAGAGCCCGGGGUGUGAGGAAACGGCAUUCGUGUUUGUCCAUUGACACGCUUUUGAAAUGGUGCUGAGCUUGACACAGCGGCCCGGGCCUCACCCACUGCGAGGGCACAGCUGGGAACGGAACCCCUUCAUGGCCAUGUGAAAACAAGAUGACCGCCAUGUAGCAAGCAGUCACCAGGCAGCAGCAGAGCGCCUUGUGCAUCCUGACAGACCUCUACAAAAAAGCCUGGUCUGGUGACAACUGUGGCACGGCCUCUGUGUUUCGGGGCGAAAGGGUAAUCUUCCUAGACACGUGUGGUUAAAGGAUGUAACAGAGCCCUACUGAUCCCAAUCAAGAUGUUGCCAUUUUCGACAAGUAGUUAUUUAGUUGGAAAGGCUAAACCCGCUGAGACGUAGGUAAGAAUGAAACCAGAAUGUUCUGGAGUUGGAAUGUUCUGAGGAGACCACUAACGCAUAAUAUCAGGCCAAUUUAAACUGGAUGAUCACCAUUUAAGCUGCUGUGGCAGGAUGCGGGUUGGAUGCCUGAAUGGUGACGUUGUUUCGUGAGGCUAGGCAGGGUCACUGGCACACAGACGAAGAUGUUCCUCCGCAAUAUGAAGAUGGUAGACUUACAGACUCACAGACACAUGAAUUGGCCAUAGCAGCUGAAUUUUGUUUUAUAAGGCUGUAUUGUGUGAGGUGACAGAAAUAAUAUAAAUUAUUAUGACCAAGGCAGAAUUUGACUGCACAUUAAAAACUAAUUGAAAACAAAUAUGAA